AGGGCUCAGAUGCGCCGCGUAAACUGCAAGAGGGGUGGAUCCUUUUGCAAGCGGAGUAGGAAAUCCGCAUUGGGGAAAAGGGGAUCCUAAAAGAUCCAGGAAAUAUUAUUUUAAAAAAAAUUGGGGGGGGGAGAGGAAUCCAUUAACUCUUUGGGGCAGGGAGAAGUUUGGGUUUUGGAGCAGCGAUGUUUGCAGCUCCUGAGUUUUUCCUGAGCUUUCCCUUUUUGCAAAACGCGGCCCGGAUCUUAAAAAGCUGCAGGAAGAGGAAUCUCAGCCUGAAAUAAAAGGUAAGUGCCAUUUCACCCUCUUUCCCCAAAUAAAUAUAUAUAUAUAUAGAGAGAGAGAGAGAGAAAGGUUGAUGGGGGGGGGGGGCGGAAGAGUUUACAAUUCUGGGAGUUUUCUGGAUUAAGGAAACGGAUCGAAUUGGCUGUGAUCAAGGGAGAUCCGUUUCCAAAAAGAGGGAAUGGAUCAAGACAGAUCCCUUUAAAAUGCAUCUGAGCUGAUGGAGGAACUUUGCAAAAAGGCGCCUGUGUUGUAGUUGUUUUUCAUGGCGAGUUUUUGGAUUGAGAUGCAUGCAUUUUAGAAGCAGGGGAGCAUAGCUGGCAACUUUUCCCUUUUCUUGAGAGGAAUCCUAUUCGGAAUAAGGGAACUUCCCUUUUUAAAAAAGGGAAAAGUUGGCAGCUAUGCAGGGGAGACUCCUGAAAAAUAGGGGUUUCCUUCUAAGGGUAGGAGGAUGGGGAAGAAGAGGUGGUUUGUGUGAUCUCAAGCAACAAAAAGGUUGACUCAAUUUCUCUCUCUCUCUCUCUUUGCAAAAGGAGGUUUUGGGUUUCCCCACAUUCUCACUGCAGGAAUUCGAAUUUCCCUCCUCCUGGAAUUUAAAUACGUGGUGCAGCUGCUAGCAUGAUCACCCGCCUCUGGGGCACGGAGGAGAUAAACUUCAGUUUCCCGCCCAAGGAAUGUGUGUGUUUAUUAUGGGGUGUUUAGAUUUUAAUCUGGAUCCAACAGAGGGGAUCCAAUUGGAGUAGCAAUCUUGGUGAGUUAAUCUUCCCCUCCCCGCAAGGCAGAAAUGUACCGUCAGCCAAGACAGAUUGUCUAUCAGUGAUAUAUUUUGUAUAUUUAUAAAAAGCACCCAGCAGCCCUUCACAUGAGCUCUGCCUGGAACCCUUUUGGGAGUUGCUAAAAAACCAAAAUAAUAGGUAGGGUACUGUGGCGAACAGCAGCUAUUUCAUCGUCAUGUCUAGAUUUGCACAGCUGCUGAAAACCUGACACGAGGGUGCUUAGCCGAACUUCUGAGUCAGCUUGGCGUGGGAUGCAGGAAUUUAAAAUUAAAAGCCUGAUCUUUAACGUCUAAUAUGUACGCUGAGGGGUGGUUGGCCUUCUGCGAUCAAUCCAGAGCAUGAAAGGUUGAUUUCAACAUGUUCAACGCUCAAAACAGUCCCCAGGUUUCUCUCCCCACACAUGCCUUUCAUUGUGGGCACAGGUCUCUGCCCCCAAGGAGCUUACAUUUGUUGGAAAACUGAGUUUAACGCAUUGUUCAUUGCCGCAGGUGUCUUUGUCGGCUGACCGGCAGAAAUGAAGAAUGAAAAAAUGUUUAAAAUAAAUCCGUAAGAUAAAAAGUAAAACACUUUUUUAAUUGAAUGUAUUAACUUAUGUGCGUAUGUCUCUUUUCCUCAGGGAACUGAAGGUGGCAUACAUGUUGCUGUCUUCCCCCCUCCAUUUUAUCGUCACAACAACCCUGUGAGGUAGGUAAGGCUUGAUGUGUGCGACUGCCGGCUUCAGGGUCACACCUGGGAAUCCCGGGAACUGUAGUUUUGCUAAGGGUGUUUGGCAUUGUAACUCUCUGGGGAGUAAACUACAGGUCCUAUGAUUCUUUUGGGGCGAUGUGGUUUAAAUUUAUGACUCCAGAUCUCUCUGCCAAAGCAGCUGGUGAGUUUCUGUUUUGUUGUUAAAGGCUCAGGAGCCUUGGCGGCGAAAAAGAGUUGGCAACUUAACUAUGAUGGGCGGUUUGACAAGAGUCAGACAGGACUUUCAACUGAAAUUACUGUUAACUUGUUUACAUAUUAGCAAUGUGCAGGGCUGUUUAUGGUCAGGAGAAAGUUCCCUGCCCCAAAGAGAUUACAGGUUUAAAUCACCCGGGCUCUACUGUGAUGCUGCUGUCAAGAGGUGAGUGCCUUUGAUCAUGCACAGAGUGCCCAGAUAUUCACAUCAGGUUGCAAAAGAGCUGGCUUUCGGGUUGAUGUGGGAUCUUUUUUUUUUUUUUUUUUAAGAGAAUUAUAGGGUCAUGCUUAAGGGAGCAUGGGCAGGAUCGCAUCCCACCAUAAUACAGUGGUACCUCUGGUUGCGAACAGGAUCCAUUCCGGAGGCCCGUUCGCAACAUGAGCAGAACGCAACCUGCAGGUCACGAUUUGUCGCUUCUGCGCAUGCACGUGACGUCAUUUUGCGCGUCUGUGCAUGCGUGAGCGUCAAAACCCGGAAGUAACCCUUUCUGGUACUUCCGGGACGCAGCCUGAAAACACUCAACCUGAAGCAAACAUAACAUGAGGGAUGACUAUGCUAUCAUACCUUGGGUUACAGACGCUUCAGGUUGCGUUUUUUUGAGUUAUGGACCCACCGAAACCGGGAAAUACCGCAAUGGGUUACUUCUGGGUUUCGGCGGUUGCGCAUCAUGCUUUCCGCAUGUGCAGAAGUGCCGAAUUGCAGUGCAUGCGCAGACGCGGCGCUGCGGGUUGCGAACAUGCAUCCCGCACGGAUCACGUUCGCGACCCGUGCGUCCGCUGUAAUGAGAAAUAGUGUGUGAGGGAGAGCAGGUUUGACGGCUUAUAGUUCCGAAACGUUUCAGCGCAACGGCUUGGGACGUGGCAGCGUAGGGGAGGAAGGUUUGAGGACGGUCCCUGCUGAAUUUGGGGUGGAAAGGAUGAGAAAUGGCUGAGUUUGAGCAAGUUCACAAGAGGCUGUGGCGCACUGGCAGGUGCUGUUGCGUGUUUUUCAUCCAUGGACUUUGCAGGACUGCUUACCUCCUGGAAAUGGUAUUCUGUGCUUUGGAAAAAGGGAUUGUUGUUGUUUUUUCAGGUUGAGGGUGUGCUUCGACUCCUGUUUAUUUAUUUUUUACUUUAAAAGCUUCUUUUUUCUCCCCCCGGCCAGCGUUCAGUCAGUGGACUUGCUCGUCUUGCUGUUGCCAUGGUUUCGGACCAAUCUCAGGCUCCAGAAGUGGAGGAGCUCUCUGUUGCUAGGCAGGAUUCUCUCACAAGGCCAGGGACCUUGGAAGAGUUUGCAGUUCAGGUGAAGGUUAGAAGGAGGUGUGAAAGGAGCUGCGGAGAAGAAAUAAUAUCUCCGGGAGAUGAGUCUGAAUUUGUUUCAGAGGCUUUGGGGGGUGGGAAGAAGAAGAGGAAUCUUCUCUGAGGUCCACAGGAUGGAUGGAAGACAGGCAGCUUUUGAAAGCGUGGAAGAAACUGCGGAACUCACUGCCACAGGAGGAAGUGAGGACCGCCAGCUUGGGUGCCUUGAAAAGAGGACUGGACAAAUUCAGUAGUGAUCGUGUUGCGGGGUGCUUGCUUUUUCAGCCGAAUUUCCUCUUUUCUUGUUGCAACCUCUAAAGGUUAUUUUUUUAUAUAUAACAAUUUUCAUUGUUUUUUCAGUUUAUACAUCUCAAAAUAAACAUUUUACAUGUAACAAUUGACUUCCCUCCUUCCCCUUUGAUCGUUUAUUUUACUUAUUUAAAUUUCCUGCAUAUUUUACUAUAACCAAUCUAUUCGUUUUUCCAUUUUAUAUCCUUCAAAUAUUUAUCAUACUGUUGAAUUUAUCUAAACGCUACCAGCGUUUUCAGUUAUACACAGUUAUUUUCUAAAUAUUCAGCACCUCUCUUCGAAUAAAGAUUCUUCUUGCUCUCUUAUUCUGUAAAUUAAACCAGUUUCCUCCACAAAUUCUACCAUCUUAAUUUGCCAAUCUUCCUAACGAGGGAUCUCACUCCCUUUCGAUCUUUGGGCUGGCAAAAUUUGAGCCGCUGUGGUUGCGUACAUAAAUAACUUUUUCUGACAACUGGGGUCUUCAGACUGAACUAUCUCUAACAAAAAGGCCUCAGAUUUUUUGGGGGGGAAUGUUGUUUUAAACAUGUUUUUUAACUCAUUGUAUGUCAUUUCCCAAUAGCCUUUAACCUUUUUCCAUGUCUACCACAUGUGAAAAAAAGUCCCUUCCAUUUCUCUGCAUUUCCAACGCAGAUCUGAUCCUACUUUGUACAUCUUAACCAACCUACUUGUGGUUAAAUACCAUCUGUGUAUCGUUUCAAAUAAUUCUCUUUCAAAGUAUAAUAACACGCAGUAAAUUUUGAAACGUUCUUCCAGAGUUUCUCCCAGACGUUUAGGUCUAUGUUAUGCCCUAUCUCCAUUGCCUGGUGUGUCACUGAAUCUUUGACUAACUCAUCUUUUGUUUCCCAUUCUAAUAAUAAGCUAUACAUUUCUGACAAUAUUUUAUCCUUAUUCCAUAAUAGUUCUCUUUCAAACUGUGAGCUUUGGUCCAGAAACCCAUUUUUCAAAAUCUAAUUUGAAUGUGUUAUGUAUCCGAUGAUACUGUCACCGAUCCGUAAUUUGGCUCCUUACUUCUUCCAUUGGGGCAACCUCAGAAGGUUAGGCUUGCCAACUGACCUGGAAAACCCCAGCCAGACUUGCUCCUGCGCCUUUUAGCAUCCAUACAACAUGCAGAAAUCGGCUCUGCUCAGAAAGACACCCAUUAAGAUAAAUGGACACGACUAACAUAGGUUUGGGGACGUGGGUGGCGCUGUGGAUUAAACCACAGAGCCUAGGACUUGCCCAUCAGAAGGUCGGCGGUUCGAAUCCCCGCGAUGGGGUGAGCUUCCGUUGCUCGGUCCCUGCUCCUGCUAACCUAGCAGUUCGAAAGCACAUCCAAGUGCAAGUAGAUAAAUAGGUACCGCUCCAGCGGGAAGGUAAACGGCAUUUCCGUGCACUGCUCUGGUUCGCCAGAAGCGGCUUAGUCAUGCUGGCCACGUGACCCGGAAGCUGUACGCCGGCUCCCUCGGCCAGUAAAGCGAGAUGAGCGCCGCAACCCCAGAGUCAGCCACGACUGGACCUCAUGGUCAGGGGUCCCUUUACCCUUUACCUUUACUAACAUAGGUCUAUCGAAUUUCGAACGGUUGUCCUCUGAGUAGGGACAAUAAUCUAGGGCCUGUUCCCAUCACUCCACAGAAGUCCAGUUAAAUUUACAUUUCUGGAAAGGGAGUGAAGUCUUGACAUGGAGACCAGAAUUUACACGCUGUGAUUUACCAAUUGCUGUUUGUACGCACCAAAUAGUCAAUCUGAGCAAAUGAGGCUGCGAGACCCGACGAGAGCAUUGUAUCCCAUUCAGUUCUGCUCACAGCAGAGGCAUCGAAAUAAAUGAACUUAAGUUACUGUUCAUUUCAGUGGGUCUGCUCUUGAGUAGGACCAGGCCUGGGUGUAACACAGGGUCAGGGCCGGAUUUAGGUUUGAUGAGGCCCUCAGCUACUGAAAGUAAUGGGGCCCUUUCUAUAUCCUUUGUCAACAACAGAUUGUCGGUUUUUUGUGUUGAAUAAAUGCUAUAUGGUAAUUGCUGGACCUAAUAGGUAUCUAAAGCCAUUUGCACAUGUUGUCCUGCAACCAGUCCAUGCAGAAUGUAGGCACCCUGUAUAUAGAAAGGAGCAAACCAGGGAUAUUUUAGGGAGCAGGCGGGGCCCAUGACUUACAUCCUAGGAGCCGACACAACACAAAACACUGUUGCUGUAUGUAGGGUUUUUUUUUAUUUGCUUUUUUAUCUUAUAUUUUGGAAAUGUACAUCCAGGUGUUUUUUUCCUUUAAAUUUUUUUGGGGCCCCCCAAGAGAGUGGGGCCUAAGCUAUAGCUUGUUUAGCUUUUAUGUAAAUCCGGCACUCUGACAGGGUUGUUUUUCUCUGGGGUGAUGGGCUCGCGCCAUGUGCAACGACUAAGGCGUUGGGCUCCUCUUUCUCUCUUUGAAACAGGGAACCGGGUGCCAUGGCGGACGACAACGGACUUUAUACGAAGAUCGCGGAAAACAUGAGCGAAAGCCUAGAGGCGGAUCCGCAGGGCGUCUCCGUGGAGUCAAGUACCUUGCUACAGAAACUGAGAGGAACUAUUUCGUAAGGGCGAUGCUUCUUAUUCCUUUCCCCUGCCUUCCUUCUCUCCCUCCUCUUUCCUUCCUUCCUGCCUUCCUUCUUAGGCCCUCUUUGCACCAGACAUACCAGUUCUGUAUUUGCAAUAAAUCAUAUCUUUUAGUGUGGCAGCACUUUGGAACUCCCUGCCUAUUGACCCCGUCCUUUUUUAGACCCCUGCUAGAAACAUAUUUGCUCAGGCACAGCCUGCACCCAGACAUGUAGAAAGUUGGCACGCGUUUUAAUCUGGUUUCCAGCUUAUUGCUGGUUUUAAUUAAUUCCGGAUGUUUAGAAAGAGUCGUUUUAAACUGCAUUUUUUUACUGGUAACGUCACCGUUUUCUUUUGUGAACCGCUUUGAGGUUUGUUUUACAAUCGGGCGGUAUAUGAAUUUUGUGAAUGAAUAAAUAUAUUCCCCCCCCCCCGAAUAAGAACAGUAUGUUUAAAGCAGCCCCAUGCCACUUUAAACAGUCACAGCUCCCCCCAAGGAAUCAUGGGAACUGUAGUUUGUUCAGGGUGCUGAGAGUGGGGGCGACGAGACUUCUGUUCCCCGUCACAGGCCUACCAUUCUUGGAAGGGUUUAGCGAUCCAUCCCUGAGUGGAAGGGGGUCUCUUAACCACUCUCAGCACCCUGAACAAGCAACAGAGAGAGAGAGAGAGACCUGUUUGAAGCCUGAUCCACAGCUAAUUCUCCCCUGGCCUCCUUGCUGGCCCAAGUAGGACUAAUUCAGCCAGCUAGCCCUGGUGAUUUAUCUAAUGCUUAUUAGAUGGAUUUCCCCUAAAUUGAUUUCUGAACUUUGAAUUUUAUUGUUAUUCAUGUUUUUAUACUGUGUUUUUAUGCUGCUUUUACAAUUAAGUGUUUUAAAUUUGUUGUUAGCCGCCCUGAGCCCGGUUUCUGAACCGGGAAGGGUGGGGUAUAAAUAAAAAAUUAUUAUUAUUAUCCUGAGGUUGCCUGCACAUGUCCUAGAGCAGGCACCCCCAAACUCGGCCCUCCAGACGUCUUGGGACUACAACUCCCAUCAUCCCUAGCUAACUGGACCAGUGGUCAGGGAUGAUGGGAACUGUAGUCCCAAAACAUCUGGAGUUUGGGAGUGCCUGUCCUAGAGGGUGAAGGGAGCUGAAAAAAAUCAAGAGAGUAACACAUGGUUUUCUUCUUACAGGAAGUCUGUUCAGUGCAAAAUCGACUACAUACUGGUGAGUGGCUGGAUGGGGCACUUAAAAGCAGCUGGGGGAAACUAAAAUAACACGCACCUGUUCAUACAAUAUGUGGCCGAUGAAUUGCGCUUUGGGUAAAUAUGGGCUGAGUUCUCCCUCCAGUGUCAGAGGCAGAAUACCAGCUGCUGCGAACACAGACUGGGAGAGUCGCCUUGGCGGUUUCCAAAGAGGCAUCUAUCAGAAUAGGAUGCUGGGCAGCUUCCGCCUGACGCAGCGCUUCUGAUAUUCUUCUAGUGCAGUGAUCAUCACCUGGUCUGGACCCAAGACUGGCUGCCAGCCUGCAACCUGGGGUCCACGUCCACAUUUCCCCCCCUUUCCGAUUUAUUCUCAGCAGUGCACAUCAUUAAUCCUAAAGCGGCACUUACUAAAAUUAGCAUUACUCCGCAAUGACAAGCAGCAGUUUUUACGCCUUAGCUGAAAGGUUGAGGAGCUGUUGAAAAAAUGGUUGGCCAGAAAUCUGUUUCUUGUAAGAAAAAUGGUUCGUGCCUUUCUCAUUCCGUUUUUGCAGCAUUUGUGGGAAUUGAUAGAACGGGUGUCUCGGCAGAAGACUGUAUCCUAGCGCACUUGGCAUGGAUUACUCUUUUGGUCUGGUUGAGCCUUAGCUGGAGUUGAAUGUGGCAGCAAUAAAAUUUGCCAUGUCCUGUCCACUGUAGCCUCGCGACUCACCUGUGGGUUCCGACCAAUGUUUUAGAGGGUUACUAUAAGAAGCUAACUACAAAAACAUAGCUAGAAGCAAGUUAGUAAAGGUAAAGGGACGGCUGACCAUUAGGUCCAGUCGUUGAUGAUUCUGGGGUUGUGGCAUUCAUCUUGCUUUAUUGGCCGAGGGAGCCGGCGUGCAGCUUCCGGGUCAUGUGGCCAGCAUGACUAAGCCGCUUCUGGCGAACCAGAGCAGCGCACGGAAACGCCGUUUACCUUCCCGCUGGAGUGCUACCUAUUUAUCUACUUGUACUUUGACGUGCUUUCGAAUUGCUAGGAUGGCAGGAGCAGGGACUGAGCAAUGGGAGCUCACCCCGUUGUGGGGAUUCGAACCGCCGACCUUCUGAUCGGCAAGUCCUAGGCUCUGUGGUUUAACCCACAGCGCCACCCGCGUCCCUCCAGAAGCAAGUUAGAAGCCCCCAAAUAAGGAGAAAGUGGGACUUUCAGAGUGGAAUAUGCUCGGGUUGGAUCUUUAAAUAAAGAAUUGAUGAGUGCAGGAGUUUCUGGCAAGUGUCUCUAGGUUAAAGGAAUAAAAUGAAGAAGAGGAAGGGAGACCAGUGGGCGGAUAACCUUAUUUACCUGUCUUUUUUUCUGGGAAAGGAAGCUCAGGCAGUGGAAGAGGCUAUUGGCAGGGCAAGGUGGCAUUUAACCAAAAAGGAUGCUCCGAAAAAUUGGAGGGCAAACACCAGGUGUAUUCCAAAGCAUGUCAUUGACACGAUUUAGUGGUGGAUCAUUUACGCAGCAUAAAAUGAAAGCGGGAGAAAGGGUGAAAACCCAUUCAUGGUUCUAAAGGCAGGAAUGAAACAUCCCACCCACUGGAAGGGACAGAAUAAUAGAACUGUAGAGCUGGAAGGGACUCCCUGCAAUUGCAGGAAUCCUGUCCCUGGGUGGGCUCGAACCACCAAGCUUCUGGUUAAGGGCCAGAUGCGCUGACCCAUUGUGCUGCAGGGGCCACAGAUAAUUAAAAGCCAGAGGCCCGGUGGAAAAGAAAUGCUGUUUUGCCUGGUGCCUAAAGAAAAGUAACGAUGGUGGCGCCAGUUAAGCCUCCCUGGGGAAAACGUUUGACAAGCAGGGAGCUACCACUGAAAAGGCCCCAUUCUCAUGUCGCCGCCCUCCAGAUCCCCCCAUGGAAGGGGCACCUGGAGGGUAAGAGGGAAUUCAACGCAAAAACUAAACCAAGAAUGGAUCACUGUAUUUUUCGCUCUAUAAGACGCACCAGACCAUAAGACGCACCUAGUUUUUGGAGGAGGAAAACAAGAAAAAAAUAUUCUGAAUCCCAGAAGCCAGAACAGCAAGAGGGAUUGCUGCGCAGUGAAAGCAGCAAUCCCUCUUGCUGUUCUGGCUUCUGGGAUAGCUGCGCAGGCUGCAUUCGCUCCAUAAGAUGCACACACAUUUCCCCUUUUUAGGAGGGAAAAAGUGAGUCUUAUAGAGCAAAAAAUACGGUAUAUUCAAGGAGUACCUGAAAAACUACUUGUGACAUCACAAACCACCUGGCAGAUCUUGAAUGACUCUUGCAUUGAACAGACAAUAUAUCUAAAUUUAAUGAGUUUUUUCCCCGUUAUCAAAAAGAUUUAAGAAAAUGAUAUAUUAAUAGGAUACUGUGUAAAAUAUAACAAGUGUAAUUUAGGGGGCUUUUUUUUGGAACAAAUCGAAGUCUAUUUUAGGUCUUUUUUUUAAAAAAAAUGUAUUUUUAAUUUUUCUGCCGUAUGGGAUACAAAUUGUAAUAUAAUAUAUUGCUGUAUAAUUUUGUGAAAUAUGUUUAAUAAAGAAUUCAAAUAAUAAUAAUAAUAAUAAUAAUAAUAAUAAUAAUAAUGGAAGGGGCACCUGGAGAAGGGCCUCAGAUGAUUAUUGCUGGGCCCGGGUCGGUUCCUAUAGGGAGCGGAAGUCCUUGAGGUAUCCGGUGCAAAGCUGUGCAUUGUCGCAACAGCUGAUCACAAAACACGGCUUGUGUUUACUUCUUGGCAGUUUUCAUUUCCUGGUGAUCUUCACUUGUCUCUCUUUCCCCAUUCUAUGAACCCAGCAAGAUGUCCAGAGGUUUACUGACCAUGCCAAACUGUAUCUCUACCUCCAACUCCCUUCUGGCCCAAGUUCAGGAGAGAAAAAGUGAGUGAUCGCGGCCUUGUUUCCCAAAUCUUGUUCAUUUCCUGCUUUGUAUAUACUGGAGGGAUGGAAACGCUGUGGUGGAAAGGCAAGGAAAUCAGAAAGCUGCUUUCUUUAAAAUAAAAUUUAAAAAAAUCAUCUAGGAGUCGGCAACUAGCAGCCUCCGAGCGAAACCAACCCCAUGGGAGAUAUAAUUCUGGGCCUGCCCUCAUUGCCCACCUAAACGAGUGUAGGAAUGAAACUUGGAAGCAAACUAUUGUAGGCAGAGCUGGACCUACACAGCACCUUAGGGCCUCACUCUGUUGGCAGCCUGCACCCUACAACUUAACCCAUGAGUAGGCAAACUAAGGCCCGGGGGCCGGAUCCGGCCCAAUUGCCUUCUAAAUUUGGCCCGUGGACAGUCCGGGAAUCAGCCUAUUUUUACAUGAGUAGAAUGUGUGCUUUUAUUUAAAAUGCAUCUCCGGGUUAUUGUUGUUGUUUUUUUUAAAUCUUUAUUAAUUUAAAUUACACACUGAUACAAAGAAUAUACAAUCUCAUACUACAAAAUGAAAAUUAAAGAACAAUUAAGAAAAUACAGAAAGAAGGAAAAGCAAAUUUAUAUACAAAAAAACUUUAAUCUUCCUAAUUAAUACUUAAUGAAACACUUAAAUAAAAAAGACUGGGUUAUUUGUGGGGCAUAGGGAUUUAUUCAUUUUUCCCCCCUUCAAAAUAUAGUCCGGCCCCCACAAGGUCUGAGGGACAGUGGAUUGGCCCCCUGCUGAAGAGGUUUGCUGACCCCUGACUUAUCCGAACCAGUGAGACGUCCAGCUAGGCCUAAAAUUCAGCAAAGUGCUGCCAUGGAAUUUAAAAACCAAAGGGCAGGUUUCUAGUCCUUAUGGAUCCGGAGGAUGCAGGAAUCUGUGAGGUGUAGGCCUGAGAAUCCAUCCUUGGAACCGCCGUUGAAAUUCAAGUUGGUGGUUCCCGAGGCAGGCUUUGAAUGCGAGAGGGGCAGGGUUCGAAAGAUGUCAGGUGUUCCCCAAGGGACGCUGUGUGCUGGGAAAAGGAAGAAGGUGCUGAAUUUAGACACAUUUUGCCAAAACCAGGGGAAGGGGGGAUUACAGUGGAACCUCGGUUUUCGAGCAUCUCAGAAGCCAAACGUUUCAGUUUUUGAACACAAAAAUCCGAAGUAAAUGCUUCUGUUUUCGAAUGCGUGCUUUUUCCAUUUUCUCCGUUGAAAUUGCCUGCCACCCUUUGCGCCUCGGUUGUCGAACAUUUCGGAAGUCGAAUAGUCUUCUGGAGUGGAUUACUGUUGACAACCGAGAUACCACUGUAUUGGGUUUUUGUUUUCAUAAUGUGGUUUGUGUUUUUAUAUUGUGCCUUUAUGCUGUAACCACCCCAAGAUUUAUUUAUACCCCGCCCAUCUGGCUGAGUUUCCCCAGCCACUCUGGGCGGCUCCCAAUCACAUGUUAAAAACAAUACAGCAUUAAAUAUUAAAAACUUCCCUGAACAGGGCUGCCUUCAGAUGUCUUUUAAAGAUAGGAUAGCUGCUUAUUUCCUUGACAUCUGAUGGGAGGGCGUUCCACAGGGUGGGAGCCACUACCAAGAAGGCCCUCUGCCUGGUUCCCUGUAACCUCACUUCUCGCAAGGAAGGAACCACCAGAAGGCCCUCGGAGCUGGACCUCAGAGUCCGGUCAGAACAAUGGAGGUGGAGACGCUCCUUCAGGUAUACUGGACCGAGGCCAUUUAGGGCUUUCAAGGUCGGCACCAACACUUUGAAUUGUGCUCGGAAACGUACUGGGAGCCAAUGCAGAUCUCUCAGGACCGGUGUUAUGUGGUCUCGGCGGCCGCUCCCAGUCACCAGUCUAGCUGCCGCAUUCUGGAUUAAUUGCAGUUUCCGGGUCACCUUCAAAGGUAGCCCCACAUAGAGCGCAUUGCAGUAGUCCAAGCGGGAGAUAACUAGAGCAUGCUCCACUCUGGCGAGGCAGUCUGCGGGCAGAGAGGGUCUCAUCCUGCGUACCAGAUGGAGCUGGUAGACAGCUGCCCUGGACACAGAAUUAACCUGUGCCUAUUAUUAUUAUUAUUAUUAUUAUUAUUAUUAAUUUUCCUUUCUUGGGGCCGCCAGCCUGGACCUGACUUCUCUGAGCUCAGCUGAGCACAUGCAUGCUUGCACGUGGAUCCGGAAUCACCUGGAGGAAUACCCAGACACCUGCUUGCCAAAACAAGACGUUUUUGAUGCUUACAAGUGAGUUCUGGAUCUGAAGGACGGGAACCAGAGGCGUCUCUGCGGGGUGGGGAGGUUGCCUCUUCUUCCUCCUUGGCGAUCCCUCGUAGCCGAGUAAGAUUGUCUUCCAUAAACACGGUUUUAACAGUGAGUCCGUAAUUGUGGAGGCCAAUUCUGGAUCCACACGUCCUUCCACAGUGGGGACAUUGGUUUUGUGGUGGGAGUUGAUCACGAUGUGGAUUUGCCCAGCGUGUCUUCCUCUUAGCAUGUUUCUCCCUUGCGUCCUGAGUUCGAGUGUCUUCAAAGCCCAUGACACCUUUGGUAAAGGCUGUUAUCCAACUGGAGCGCUCGCAGGCCAGUGUUUCCCAGUUGUCAGUGUUUAUACUACGUUUUUUUAGAUUUGCCUUGAGACAGUCUUUAAACCUCUUUUGUUGACCAUCAGCAUUACGCUUUCCAUUUUUAAGUUCGGAAUAGAGUAGUUGCUUUGGAAGACGAUCAUCAGGCAUCUGCACAACAUGACCAGUCCAACGAAGUUGAUGUUGAAGAAUCAUUGCUUCAACACUGGUGAUCUUUGCUUCUUCCAGUACACUGGCAUUAGUUUGCCUGUCUUCCCAAGCGAUGUGUAAAAUUUUUCGGAGACAACAUGUAAACCAUAAGCGAGGGAGCUGUGGUGUAGUGGUUAGAGUGUCAGAUGUGGAGCUGGGUUCAAAUCCCUGUUCGGCCACACAAAGCUCCCCGCGGGUGACUUCUCAGCCUAAUCUGCCUCUCAGGGUUGUUGUGGGGAUCGAACGAGGAGGGGAGGGAACCGUAAAUGCCGCCUUCAGGGGAGGGGAAGAAGAUGGGAUCUAAAUGCAACUGAUAAAUAAACCGCCUUUCCUUUGUCCUUCCCCUGGCAGGCGUUACUGCGAUAACCUUUGCAGCCGCUCUCUGAGCGCGGCCAACUUCGGCAAGAUCAUCCGGGAAAUCUUCCCGAACAUCAAAGCGAGGAGGCUGGGGGGUCGCGGGCAGUCAAAAUAUCCUUUUGUGUGUGUAAAAAGUCGCCAGGCGGUGUGGGCGGCAGUGAGGUCAGUGAAAGGCUGCGGCGGUCUGUCUCACGCUCCCCAAACUCAUGCAAGCGCAACCUUUCUGUGCUCAGGAGACAUCCCAGCCGUAUGUCCCACCUUCACAAAACUCUUACAGCGAACGUGAUCCGUGUGAUUUGGCGCUUCUGCACAUGCACAAAGCACGAUUUGGCGCUCAUGCGCAAGCGCCAAAACCCGGAAGUAACCCGUUCCGGUACUUGCAGGUUCGGCGUGGUGCGCAACCCGAAAUCGCACAACCCGAAGCAUCUGUAACUCGAGGUAUGACUGUACCUCCAAACGAGAAACAGGCGCAGUGCAGAUUCUUCCCACGAAGGGGUACCCCACAACACCUUUGAGCCUCCCCAGCUAUGAAAUAAAUGGAUGUGGCAAUGGAAAUGGAGCCUUUCGAGUUUCCUCCUUAACUCUGCCCCCACGUAUUGCUACAGCGGGAUACGGAGGAAGACUGUGGUGAACAUGCCCCCACUCCCCAGCCUGGAUCUGAAAGAGACGGAGUCGGUAAGGCCCUGGUUGUUGGCUCAUUAUUCUCUUGCGUGUGUCUCCGUGUUUUGAAAAGCGCUAAGAAAGUGAGCCAAAAAGACUCGCCUAGUCCAAGGCCCUGUUCCUUUUUUUAAGAAAAUCUUUAUUAAUUUUCACAUAGACAAAUAUACAUAACAUAUAAUACAAAAAAUGAUACAAAUGAAUAAAAACAAUAAAGUAAAAAAGGUUAGAAAAACAAACAUAAACAAAUACAAUAUAUUACACUUGCGUAACAAAUUAAAAUAUGUAGCUUCCAAUAAUUCUCAUUAUAUUACUUACGUUAUCUGUAUUCCUUGCACAGGUUCAUAUUAUUUUAUUUUGUAUACAGAUAUACAAGGUACAGGAAAUCAGGCAGAAGAGGGCCUUCUCGGUAGUGGCACCCGCCCUGUGGAAAGCCCUCCCAUCAGAUGUCAAACAGAUUUCUGACUUUUAGAAGACAUCUGAAGGCAACCCAGUUUAGGGAAGUUUUCAAUGUUGGAUGUUCUACUGUAUUUUUAUAUCGGUUGGAAGCAAAAUAUAGUCAACUUUUCUUGCUGAUAAUCAAAGCUAGGGUUGCUAUAUUUCAAAAAGUAAAAACCACUGCAGUUUUUCGGUUAACUUGUCAAAGAUCCAGGACAAACUGCCGCCUUCUGGAAAUUCCCCCUGGACGGGACAUCACUUCCACCUUUGAAAUACCGGUAAUGUCUGGGAAGUCCCAGACGUAUGGCAGCCCUAAUCACAGCUGUUAUUUUUUCUUGCUGGUUCUUGUUUCGUCUUUUUGGGGGGCAAACUGUUUUGAGGUCUUUCCAGUGGUGCGCGAGUCUUCUGAAACACACCAGUACAGUGGACGCUCAGGUUGCAAACGUGAUCAGUGCGGGAAGCACGUUCACAACGUGCAGCGCCGCAUGUGCGCAUGCACAGGUCGCGAUUCAGCACUUCUGCGCAUGCGCAAGCGUGAUAUAGCGCUUAUGCGCAAGCGCCAAAACCCGGAAGUAACCAGUUCCGGUACUUAUGGGUUUGACACGGUGCGCAACCCGGAAUCACGCAACCUGAAGCGUCUGUAACCCGAGGUGUGACCAUAAAUAAAGCCUUCUGAGCUCAAGACGGAGGCUGCGUUGUGCGAUAGCGGAACGGCAGAAGCGUGGCAUCUCUGGGCCCAAAGUGGUGCUUCAGAUCCGCUUUUGACGGUAUGUGGGAAAGCGGUGCCUGGCACGCCUCACUCUUCCUGUUCUUCCUUCCUCCCCUGCAGCCGGAGCGGCCAGAGGUGUUCCAGUCCUACAGCGACGAGGUGAUGGAAGCGGCCUGCGCCUUGACCUGUGACUGGGCCGAGAAGAUCCUCAAGCGCUCGUUCAACAACAUCGUGGAGGUGGCCCAGUUCCUCAUCCAGCAGCACAUCAUCAGCUCCCGCUCGCCCCACGUCGACCUCAUCAUGGCCAUGGUGGUCUCAGGUGGGAGACCCUCCUCACGCCCGCCUCCGCUCCUUGCGCCUCCAUCGCGCUGCCCGACGGGUUCUUCAUAGAGUCCACCACCUCUCCUGGGACUCUGUCCCACUGUCAAACAGCUCUUACUGUCAGAAAGUUCUUCCUGAAGUUUAGUCGGAAGCUCCUUCCUUGCCACUUGAAGCCACUGGUUCGAGUCCUGCCCUCAGGAGCAGGAGAAAACAAGCUCACUCCCUCUUCAGUCCUUGAAAUACCGUAGACUGGGCUUAUAAAAUGGCCCCCAACUUUUGCUGUUCCAUUUUAGAGUUAGAGAGUUUGAGCACCGCCGGGGCAGAGUGCGCACCCCUCCUCUGCCGUCACAGCAGCAGCAGCCCGAGGCGUUUGGGGGGCGGGCGGGCGAGCGCCGCGCUCAGAAGGACUUUCCGCGUCCCCUUCUGUGGGGAGGGAGGAGGAGCGAUGCCAGCAGGGGCGCCUCUGCUCACUGACUCCCUCUCCUCCUUCCCAACGCGUAUACCCGGCGUAUAAGACGACCCCCCGACUUUUGGGGUGAUUUUCCAGGGGUAAAAAGUUGUCUUGUACGCCGGAACAUACGGCAUUUGAAGAUGGCUUUCUUGUUGAUAUAAUUUAAUUUGUAAAUUGCCGCAGGCUUUUAAGCGGCCUGCGAGUGUGGAUGAGAGUGAUGCCCACGUUGGAAUACAAAAUAUAAACCUCUUGACUUACGAGGUAAAACAGGUGGGCAACUUCUGGAUCGUGGGCCACUCUUGGGGGUCCAAUUUGGCCCCCGAGAAAGCCUCUGUCAGUCUGUAGAUGACACUGAGCUAGAUCGGUGACGCAGUCGAGAGCAGCUCCUGAGUUAAACCGGUCAAAACCAUGCGGAGUAGAAUCUUGCUUUAUGUUUACAGCCAGCUCAGGGGUAGAAUGUUUGCUUUGCAUACAGAAGGUCCCUGGUUCAAUCCUCUAUUGGCGUCUUCAGGUAGGGCUGGGGGUGGCCCCUGCCUGAAACCCUGGAGAACCCCUGCUGUCAGCCAGUUUAGAUAAUACUAAGCUCAAUAGGUAGGACGCGGGUGGCGCUGUGGGUUAAACCACUGAGCCUGGGACUUGCCAAUCAGAAGGUCGGCGGUUCGAAUCCCCACGACGGGGUGAGCUCCCGUUGCUCGGUCCCUGCUCCUGCCCACCUAGCAGUUUGAAAGCACGUCAAAGUGCAAGUAGAUAAAUAGGUACCGCUCUGGCAUUUCCAUGCGCUGCUCUGGUUCACCAGAAGCGGCUUAGUCAUGCUGGCCACAUGACCCGGAAGCUGUACGCCAGCUCCCUUGGCCAGUAAAGCGAGAUGAGCGCCGCAACCCCAGAGUCAGUCACGACUGGACCUAAUGGUCAGGGGUCCCUUUACCUUUACCUUUAAGCUCGAUAGACCAAUUGGUUGGUUCCGCAUAAGACAGCUGUGUUCCUAUCCCCCAGUGAUUUCCCCACUUUUUUUACUUUUUUUGUAACGGAGCUUUUUUCAGAGAAAGGUCUCUUAAUCUAAAUCUUUUCUGGUUGCAGAAAUUACCAAGAACCACCGUGACAAACGGCCGCCCCAAACCAUGAAGAAAAAUGAGCCUGAAGGCCUGGAGAGUUCAGACAAUAAACAGACCCAGGUAGUAGUAUUAGCAGUAACAACAACAACAACAGUUUAUUACUUAUAUCCCACCCAUCUGACAGCUUUGCCCCAGCUACUCUGGGCAGCUUCCUGCAUAAAAGCUUCCCAGUACAGGGCUGCCUUUAGAUGUCUCUGGAAAGUCUGUGGUGGUUUAUUCCCUUGACAUCUGGUGAGAGGUUGUUCCACAGGGCGGGUGCCACCACCGAGAAGGCCCUCUGCCUGGUUCCCUAUAACUUGGCUUCUUACAGCGAGGGAACCACCAGAAGGCCCUCAGAGCUGGACCACAGUGUCCGGGCAGAACGAUGGAGGUGGAGAUGCUCCUUCAGGUAUAGUGGACCAAGGCCGUUUAGGGCUUUCAAGGUCAGCACCAACACUUUGAAUUGUGCUCGGAAACAUACUGGGAGCCAAUGCAGAUCUCUCAGGACCGGUGUUAUGUGGUCCUGGCGGCCACUCCCAGUCCCCAGUCUAGCUGCCGCAUUCUGGAUUAGUUGUAGUUUCCGGGUCACCUUCAAAGGUAGUCCCACAUAGAGUGCAUGGCAGUAGUUCAAGCGGGAGAUAACUAGAGCAUGCUCCACUCUGGCGAGGCAGUCUGCGGGCAGGGAGGGUCUAAUCCUGCAUACCAGAUGGAGCUGGUAGACAGCUGCCCUGGACGCAGAAUUGAGCUUCUAUAAGCACCUCAGAAGGGCCUUUUAGUUGGACCAGCCCAGCAUCAUGUUCCCACCGUGCCCAAAACGGCCUCUAAGGUGUUACCUGGUGCGAUCUGCCUCUGUUCCGGGAAAUGCACCACACCACACUGGAAGAAGUCUAAAGACCCAGGUGUGGUGGCAGGUGGGGCACAGAGAUUCAAAAGUCGAAAUUCAGCUUUGUGAGGGGGAACCACCCCCCCCCCAAUUUGGGCAGGAUUCUCGAUUUAUGCAGCCCCAUCUGUAGUUGACCCAUUUUCACUCCGGCCUUGUGGCUCAUCCCUGGGUUUGGGCCUGCGGCUCGGCCCAACGCUUCUCUCGUCCUUUCCUCUCCUCAGGCCAAAGCAGAAAAUGCCGCCAAGCCCUCGGCCGCAGCUCCGCGGAGCGAGGCCAAGAAGCCGCCGGACGCCCCGGCGAAGCCCGCCAGCAGCCCGCAGAUCAACGCCUUGGUGGCUCGGCUGCCGCUGCUGCUGCCCCGCGUCCAGGUCCAGCCCGGGGACCGGCUGGUGGUGUCUCCGGGGGUGGCGGCCAUGCACCCGGCCCCUGCCGUCCUGGCGCCCAAGCUGACAGCCUCGGGGGGGACGGUCAAGAUGGCUCUCUCCAUGGGGCCGGGGCCGUCCACUCUGUUGGCCCCUGCGGUGAACGGGCCGGCCGGCGUGGUCAGCCCUCCGAGCGCCGUGCCGGUGAUCAACAUGAUGCCGGUGAUCAACAUGGCACCGGUGCCGCCGGUGGCCGAAAUCGCGCUGAAGCACAAGAGCGCCCCUGCUGGUGGAGGGGUGAAUGGCUGCGAGGCUCAGCGGAGCCCCCAGGACCCGCCGAGAGUCAAGCCCCCCGCCAAACGGCCGGCGGAAGCACCUGGGGAGGCGACGGCAAAGAGGAAGCGGGGUCGGCCGCGCAAGAAGGCGGACCCCCCUUCGCCCGAGAAGAGAACCGCCAAGGAGGGAGCGCCCGGCGCUGAGGAGGACUCGGAUAUCAUCGUCGUGACUGUGGGUUACGGCGACCAGGCCGCCCGUCCGUCCUCCCGCUCCGGGUCUCGGGACGAGAGCGCGGAGGUGGUCCACGUCGGGAAGCCCAAGAGCCCAUUCCCCCAGGAGACGGGCGAAGAGGGCCCUUCCCGGGCUGGCAGCCUCAUUGUCAGCCCUGCCCCCAAAGCUGCUGUGCUGCCCACCCAGGUGAGCGUCAUCAGGGGCCGGAGGUCCGCCAUGCCCGUUGUUGUGAAAGAGACAGGAAGUGACUGGAAGGAGACAGGAAGUGGCUCCAAAGAGACAGAAAGUGACUGGAAGGAGACAGGAAGCAGCUCCAAAGAGACAGGAAGUGGCUCGAGGGAGCCCCCGCAGUUGGCUGAAGGCGCAGCAGCGCCAGGGAUUAGUACCAGAAUCACCAUCGCGAGGGGCUGGGAGGACCCGGAGAGCGAGAGCUCCUCAGAAGGUGAACUCCAACCCACCGAUCUUUCCAUGCGCAAAGUUGCACCGCCGCCCGCCAAGGGUUGCUUGGAGGCCUGCGGCUUGCGGCCCUCGUCUGUAAACUUGCACAGGGUCAGUGCGGACCAGGGGAAGGCAGCAGAGACGGCGAGUCCGCCAGGGACAUCGGCGCAGGCCCCCAGCCGAUAACAUCACCCCACUCCUGCUCUGGUGUGCGUCUCCCAAUGCCAAGCUCUCCCGCGCAAAGGCACCUUGGUUCUGCUUGCUUUUACUAAUUUAAUGCACGCGUGUAGGGGGGAAAAUACACGGCAAUGUGAGCUUGCAAAAGCGACUUUCUGUCAUGCCUCUUCCUUGGCCGCCUUGCAAGGCUAUGUGGCUGAGAAGUUGCCUGACCUGGGCUCUGGCGCCACCUACUGUUCAGCUCCCUGCUUCCUGGCCCACCAGCUGCCACCACACACCCAAACCUUUUUCUCAAAAGCCCAAGCGGCCUAAUGCUCUCUGAUAAGGGGAGUGAAAAUGUCGGGAAUGGAAAGGGUCUGCGGAGGUCAUUUAGGCAGGCCACAUAUGGGAAUGGGGGCGUAUUUACGGGACACCCCCCCCCCGACACCGAUCUCUCCCCAUCGCUCUCCUUGGGACUUCAAAGGGCUGGGCAGGGAGAGGAGAACCUUCUCCCGUUUGGAAUCUCUGCACAAAUCUUUCUUGAUCCAAAGGGGGCGAAAUAGUGCUGCGUUCCGAGUGCGGAUCCUGACCCUGAAACCCCCCCCCCCAAAAAAACCCUUCUACUCUGAACUUUAGAGACAAUCACCUUGCAGCCAACAUCCCACAGAGUUUUGUUGUUCUCCCUCUCCGUUUCCAGCUCAGGGGCUUGGGGACAUUGGUGGGGCAAGGGGGGUGUCCCUCCAGAUGUUGCUGGACUCCUAGCAGCCAGCAGGCCUAGUGGUCAGGGAGAGCAGGAGUUGUAGCCCGGCCACAGGCCAGUGGCGCCCUCAUAUCCCCUAGUUUCUCUCCCGGAGAGUUCACUGACCUGGGGGCAGUUUAAAAAAAGUUAAUACCCGUAUUUGCUCCUUUUUUUGUUACUCGUGUGAGUUGUUACUCGCCUCUUCUAAGUACUCCUUUCCCGCCUCUUGUUUCCAUUAUAAAUACUGAAGAAACCAUAUGCACAUUAAUUUUUUAAAAUAAAAAUAAAAAUGGUUGUAUAUGUUUUGUUAAAAGUUGUUUCAUUGCCUCUGCCGCUCCGGACCUUAUAAAUGGUGGGUUAGUUCUACUCUUGAGUAAGACCCGUUGAAAUUAUUGGAUAGGCCUAACUUAAACUCAUUGGGUUUUUUUUGUGGGUCCAUGCUGAACAGAACACAAUUGUAUAAAAUCCUGUGCCUCUUGGAUACUAGGAUUAAACGAGCUGUGGCUUUUUAAACCGGGGAGGAGGU